GAAGUCAUUUCUGCUAGAAGCGGAGCUGCUUCCUCUUCCACGUGCUGGCGCCUAGGACGCGUCGUUGCCAUGACAACAGCCACACUCUGCUAUCAUGGCGUCCUUCCUCCCGGACCCGCUGUUCGAGACGUCUGGACGCGGUCCCCCGACCAACAAGAACUUCUACCAGCUCUCUGUGACCAAGUCACACGUGAUAUGGAGGUGGUGGAAGAUCUCUCCGAGAGCGGCGGACAGGUCCUCCAAGCCCGGGGAGCUGAAGGAGUCUCACCAGGACUUCCUGGACGACGCCGCGCUGCAGAGUGAGGUCAUUCUGGUUUUCGGUCAGCGAAUCUUGCCCUACGUCAAGGCUUUGUGCGAGGGCCAUUAUGGUUAUCUGGAGCAGCUGUCUGACACCUUACUUCUGCGGAUAAUAAGUCAUCUUGAACUAGAGGAUGUGGGCCAGCUUGGACGAACGUCACGUAGGUUCAGGCAGCUUUGUGGCUCGGAGGAGUUCUGGGAGCAAUCGGUGCGGCAGUGCUGCAACACAGUUUCGGGGGAAGUGGCAUCCCUGGCUCUUAUGGUGGGCUGGCGCAACAUCUUCUUCACCAGUAAGAUACAGCUGCAGAAGAUGCUCAGCCGAAGGAGGCUGAAGGCCGAGGAGGAGCAGGCCGCACAGGUUUCUGACCCCGAUAAAAAGGCGGAGGAGUCUCCUUAUGAAAGCUCAAGAUCAAAGCAGACUGAGUACUGAGGAAGAAUCUCACCUUGGCAUCAUCGCUGAUCAGAGUCUUGGCACUUGGCACUGGCUUUGACACCAACUCGUGCUGUGCUGUUGAUCCCGACCCACAACCCUGUGCCUGAGGCCGGCUCUUGAUUCCAGUGAGCCUGUGCCUGACCAAACCCUGGAGGACAUAUAGUGAAACACACACGAGGCACUGAGCAGUGUGGUGGGGAAGUUGCAUCGUCUCACCCUCACCUUCCAAGUGUGUAAGAAUCUACGGUGGCCUUCAGGUAACGUCAAAAUAAAAAAGGUCCUUUAAGACGAUGAUAGAAUAUUCAGUUUUAUUUGUCAAUUUUUUUUUUACGUUUGUCAAAUAUUUUUCAGUCGUCAGUCCUAUACAGGAUAUAUGGGGAGAUUUUAUCUGUAUGUCUACUGUGCCAUUACUUUUUUGAUUUAAUAUCCAUUAAUAAUACAAACAAUUGAUAUAACAGGAAAUUGUUUUUUAGAUUAAUUUUCAUAUUACAAUUUACUUGUAAUAUUCUAGUUAAGGUUAGCUUUACUCAAGGGACAUAGGCUUAGUAACAAAUCAAUAUGGUGCUGAAAGGUAAUUGGGUAAUGGUUAUUUUGGUAAAUAUAUGUAAUUCUAAUUAAGAAAAUCUAAUAAGUUAUAUUUUUUGUUCCAUGUUGCGAGUUAACCAGGGGCAGUUCAUUAAGAAAGUAGUCAGUAUGCAGAUUCACAGAUAUCUGGAAAAGUAAUUAAUAUGUGCUUGAUUGUUCCUUUCUUGUUCCAUUGCAACUAGGCAAAGUGUGUGACUUAUUAUUAAGUUGAACACUUUUCAGUUUCAGUUUUCAUGUGUGUUUAUGAGGGAAGUGCACUUUAAUUCCUGAUGUAUAUCAUAAAGAUUAUCACAAACAUGAAGUACCGCUAAUAAUUGUAGGUUUUAAAGUUACAACAAACGCUGACAUGGGGGAGUAAACUUGUUUAAAGCUAUCAAUAAUACUGUUGAUGCAGUUGUUGUAAUAUUAAUAAUAAUAAUAAAUUGCAAUUAUUAUAUUAAUGAAACAUACAGUUAUGACAAGUACAAUGAAUGUUCGGACCCAGCACAAAAAGGCAGAUAUUGUCUAUCAGCUACACCAUGAUCCCGAGUAGACACAGAUCAUGUCAGUGAGAUUUGAUAGGAUUAACAGUGCAGUCCAGCUAGAAAAAUAAACAGUCCCCUAGGGGGCACAAGCUGCUAAUGGUCCAACCCGUUGCUAAGCUCACGCUGACAUCAUCACUAUACUUGCUCUUGUAGUGCCUCGCCAGAUCUGACAUUGAUAUCCCAUCAGCUGGGCACCAGCACUUUUUACUGAAACUUAGACGGUUUUAGUCAGAACACCAUGAGCUGCAGACAGUUUGAGUAGGGAGGUUGUUUCUCACCAAACAUUCCCUAAACUCACACUGUGGACUGUUUGGCUCCGAGGUGCUCUCUGGCCCUGCCCACUGCCUGUCUAGGGGCUAGUUAAUUUCCACAUGGCCUUUGUCAUAAAACAAUCAGUCACUGACAUGUGCCAUCACUUCCAGUACACGCCUCUACAGUAGCUGCUCCUGUCCUGUGUUCUCGUUUUACUGUGAGGUCACCAGGUCCAACCAUCUUCAGCACCCGGCCGACGUUGCUCUCAUGGUCAAAUGUGCAGUCAGUCCUCUCAAUGAGAAGUAGUCACACAGCAAGGACACCUUUUCAUUUAAAGUGACAUGACAACAAGAACUGAGACUUUGAGAUACUUUGCAGUUGUGUUGGCGCUUUUGUUCUCUGUACUUUUCUCCCCCCUGCUGUGAAUAUUUCCCACCUACUGCCUCUUUUUGUGCAAAGCUUGAGAGACGCCAUAAGAGGAUAUGGUCGAGACAUGUAAAAAUACCACGCAGUGGGCCAUGUGGGAAAUAGGAUGAGUAUGCUCUGUUUAUCUUAACCUUUACUCCCCUCUUCAGGCCACGGUAAUCCUUCCAAGGUCAAACAAGUAGGCUGCUCAAAGAUCAAACAUCUAAAUCAGAAAAGAGCAUACGUCUGAAUGAGAGCAGAGGCGCCGAGUGAGCCUCUGCUCAAUCUCUGAAUAACUCUUGUAAUAUCUCUCGUCACCUCUGUAUUACUUAAGCCCAUAUUUCCCAUUUUUUUUUUAUUCAUGACAGUUUGUUUGAAGCUGGUGCCAAACACACUUUGUUCUUGAAUGAAUGCAUUAAGCUGUGAUAAUGACAGGCCUUGCCUGACCUGGUAAAAUAUGAAACCUAUGGCAUAUUUUUAUCCAGUCAGGAGGCCUAUGUACUGACACUAUGAUCCCAUUACAAGAUGAUUGACAUUUUUCAUAUUUGAUAUUUUCAACAGAUCUUUUUAACCAAUAUGCCUCUGUCUUUAUAAAAUCUGUAACAAAGGUCCUUGUACGUCUGUUCCCUCUUUCCUCGAUGUAACCACUGUUUCUGAACUUUUUGCAUAAAUUAUUAUUAAAUGAAAAUUUCCCUGA